AUGAACAUCCUUUCUUUCCCUUCCUCCUUAAUCAUUCAUAACAAAGGCCCGUUGGAAAUGAAUCAAGAGCCAGCUUUAUCGCCUAUAGCAUCGCCUCUCCCAGACACAUCUCCAGAUGUUGUAUCCAACAUUAUACAACUGACUCUUGAACCAUCCAUGUCCAUUCUCAACAACGAUCGUACCACGACAAACGCAAAGAACAAUAGUCCAAAAGAGCAGAUGGAUGCUGUUGAUGAUUCACCUUGCUCUCAACACACUCGAAAGAGAUCAGUGACAUGUGAUGCCACCAAUGCAGUUGCAGAACACAAGCGAGCACGCACCGUCAAGAUGGAUGAUUUUCUGCUAUCCAGCAUAGACGAAUCCAGUACGCUGAGUGCAAUAUGGCAAUUACCGUCCAUGAUCCAUACGUUUGAUUCGCUCUCUCCUAAUCUGAAAUCGUAUCUACUAUUCCAACUGCUGAAGCGAUCAUCCACCAACACCUUGCAGUUUAUAAACUCCGUCAUCAUGCCAGUUCUCAAACAUGACUUUCUGUCCACCUUGCCAUUGGAGAUAGCCAGACAAAUCACACGAUAUUUGGAUGCAUACUCACUCUGCCAAGCGUCUGGCGUGUGUAGGAAAUGGAGGUCGAUUGUAGAUGCCGAUCAUCGAUCCUGGAAGCGGCUCAUUAUUCAGGACGGCUAUACACUCCAUGACCCCUUAGACGCUUCUCUCCACAUCACAAGCUUCAAAAAGCUGUAUGCAAGACAUCAUACGCUCAAACAGAACUGGCGCAAAGGAAGGGCCGUGGAGCAAUCGUUUCGUGGACAUGACAAAUUCGUAGUGACAUGCCUGCAGUUUGAUGAUGACAAGAUUGUGUCUGGUGCAGAUGAUUCGCAUGUCAAUAUCUACAGCACGACUACAGGCAAGAAGCGGAUGACAUUGGAGGGUCAUGAAGGAGGUGUCUGGGCUCUGCAGUACGUUGGAAAUACGCUGGUGACAGGCUCUACGGACAGGAGAGUCCGUGUGUGGGAUAUGGAGACGGGGAAAUGCACUCACAUCUUUACGGGCCAUACAUCGACUAUUCGCUGUUUGCUCAUCACAAAGCCAAUCCACCAAGAAGAGCAGCCCAUGAUCAUCUCUGGCUCUCGCGAUGCAACUUUGCGCGUAUGGAGGCUACCAGACCCCAAAGACCCACAAGGCUAUUUCCAUGGCAACAACAAUGGCGAUGCCACGAACCCGUAUUUUGUACAUUCUCUCGUAGGACAUCGACAGUCUGUACGAGCCAUUGCAGCACAUGGCCAUACGCUUGUCAGUGGUAGUUACGACAACACAGUGCGAGUAUGGAACAGUCAGUCUGGCCGAUUGAUGCACUUGCUGGAGGGACACACACAAAAAGUAUAUUCCGUGGUGAUUGACGCUGAAAGAAACCGAUGCAUGAGUGGAAGCAUGGACACAUCUGUUCGUAUCUGGGACUUGGAAACGGGUGAAUGCAUCAAGAGACUGGAGGGACAUUCAGUGCUGGUGGGUUUGCUAGGUCUCAGUAAUCAGUACCUCGUUUCUGCUGCAGCUGACUCGAUUUUGAGAGUGUGGUCACCAGAGACUGGAGUUUGUCACCAUGCAUUAUCUGGCCAUGGUAAUUCGAUAACAUGCUUUCAGCAUGACAAUGACAAGGUGAUCUCUGGGUCUGAAGGUGGACUCAAGAUGUGGGAUAUCCAGACAGGUCGAUUUAUCAGAGACUUAAUCACCAAAGUCGAUGGUGUUUGGCGUGUGGCAUUUGAUGGGCGUCGCUGUGUUGCUGCAGUGCAAAAGAAGAAUGAAACUUCAUUUCGCAUCUUGGAUUUCGGCGUGCACAGUAUGGAGUAG